UUUAUUGAAAAUGAAAACGAUAAUAAUCUGCGCGCUGCUGACGAUUGCUGCAGUUAACGCUAAAUCAAGGUCAAAACGAGAGGCGUUUGAACUACCCGACGGUGCCGAUCUCUUAGUAGGAAGCAUUCGAACGUCCUUCGCAUGCCCGCAAGGUGCGGAGGGAUACUACGCAGACGUUGAGAACAACUGCAAGAUCUUCCACGUCUGCCACACGGUUGUAGAAGAAAGCGGAUCCGCUGACACACAGCAGUUCAGCUUCCUCUGUGGCAACCAAACGAUGUUCAACCAGCUGACAUUCACCUGCUCCAUGCCGGAAGAUGCCGUUCCCUGCCCAGAUGCCCCAAGUUUCUUUUACCUGAACGACAACCUACGACUGGGUGAUCCCAAGGUGGCCUUCCUCGAUGAUCAGGACAUCCAAAGAGCAGCCCCUCUGAUCGAGAGUUUAGCUGCCCGAUACCAGGCCGGUGGUGCUGCCCCAGCACCACCCAGGCAGAGAGGUUAAACCCGACUGAACCCCAAUCUCUGACCACGAAAGAUCCAGGUUAUCAAGAUUCCUCGAUUCUGAUGAGAGCGACAAUCUCGACGCACUCUUGAUUAAGUUAACUAUUGCCAGUUGAGCUUACAUCUUCUGAAGACUUACUGUUAUGUGGGGAAUCCUUUUUUGUUGAUAAUGUAGGUGAUUUGGUCUUGUAGCAACUGACAUUUGGUGGUUUUAAAUAAGUGCCUAUUAAUGCUCCUUUAAAUUAUAUCUAAUACACAUUUCGUUCUCUCAUGCUUAUGUAUUUAAAUUAUGGCUUAUUUCUAACAAAUGUCGCUUGUGAGGGAGGAAAAAUAAAAGCUUGAUCAUCCAGAUCUUUCCCACAGACGUAUAACAGGAACUGAACAACGGACAACUUUCUGUGAUGUCUUCCGCUACGGACAAAGCCAAGUAUUUUUAUGUGUCACUUGUGUGAUGUCAUGUUUUACGUCAUUUUGUAUCUAAGUCGAAAAGCCAAUUCAGGAUUCGUAUAUUUGUCAAACUGCUUGCUAUGUGGAUAUUUUCUCAAUGAAUCCGUUUAAAAUAUCCUCAAAUGUUGUUUAUCGCUGUGUGUCAUGUAAAGUAUUUUGUACAAUAUUUGUUUGUAAAAAUGGAUAAGGUGUUUUUGUAAGCUACUUGUAAAAAUAAACGCAUUUUAAUAUAAAACAAAA